UUAUAAUUUUUAACCAAUGAAAUUUUAUUAAACACAAUUGUAUUUUUUGAAAAGUACAAUUUUUCAUUAAUUAAUGUAUUGAAAAUGUAAAAAAUGUAUCUUUUUGAAACAAUUUUUUUUUCUAAAAAUAGAUCUUUAAGGAGGGAGUAUAUGUUAUAUUUUUGGUUAAAGAUAAUUUAUUUUUGUCUUUUCUCAACAAGAUAAUUAAACACCUAAACGAAUAUACAUUGUAUGAACAAUAGGUGACAGCUGUAUUAGAGCAAAAUAAAACUAAUAAAGAUAUUGACCAUUUAGAAAUAAAUUCUUUUUUUUUGGUAACUAAACACGAUUUAUUAUUUAGAAAUAAAUUCUUGAAAACAAAAUCAAACUAAUUUUCUUUUAAAAAAGACAAAACUAAUUAAUACUAUAUAUGAUAAUUUCUAGAAAUAAUUACUACUAUGCCGAGUAAGAGAGAUCCAGCGACUGUAUACCCUUUCCUUGGGGAAGAGGCUAGCUAAUCUAACCCACCCGUCGAUAUCUUGUUUUACAAGCAAAUACGUCAGUGAGACCCUAUCUCUUCUCAGUCACUAUCUUUUUGUAUUGCACAUGCUUUAUUUUUUACAUCUUUGUUUUUUCAUGUAACUUCAUCAAGUUGUGUUCAUUUAUCAAUUUGGUUUGUUCUCCUAUUGCACAUGCUUUAUUUUUAAUGAAGAAUCGGGCAGAGGAAGCCGAGAAGAACAGUGAGAUUCCUGUAAGAUGUGUUUGGAGGGAGGCAAGAAGAACAAGAGAGAUAGCUUUUAAGAUAUGUUUUGACCUUAAUUUGAAACUAAAUAGAUGUAUGAAUGGUAACUCUGACCCGUAUCUGGUUUAUUCAUUCCAUAAUAAACUAUCGAGUAUUUUGAAGUUUUUGACUAUGAUUGACCCAGAUUUAUCAACCUGAAAAUGAAUAUUCUGAAUUUGGGUAAUUAUUAUGAAGCAUGGGAGAGACUCCAUGAAUACUUCACGCAGGUAGGUGCCUUAAAUAAUGAUGCGUGACAAUUCUUACAUACGUUUCUGACAUGUUCUUUCUCAAUUUCAAAAACCUGUCGGUCCAAUUAAAACCCAAAAUCAAAACAAAUAUUUCGAGUUAUGCUUAAUUAAUUGUACAAAUCGAUUUUAAAACGUUUUUUAUUUAAAAUUUGUUAUAUGAACUGAACUUACAAAUUUGAGCCAGCUGCAUGAUAACCUUCGAAGGUGAGAAAAAACAACUACAUGUAUAUUUUUAUUUGUAAGUUGAACGAUUAAUAUAUCAUGAGCUAACAUAAUUCAUAUAUAUAAUACUAACUAAAAAUUGUUAGUGUAAGACUACCACGUCGAUAAUGGGACUCCACAAACCUCUAGUGCACUCGUUUUCUAAAAUCUCUCUCCCUAUUUAAACACAAAUCUGAGAUCAUACUAAAACCAUCAGAAAACAAUUACUUAAACAACAACAACAGAGUGAAAAAAUGGCGGGGUUUGAGACCAAAUUGAUGUUGACGUUGUCUCUUCUGCUCUUGAUCGGCGUAUGCACGGGAAGUUUCUACGACAACUUCGAUAUCACAUGGGGUGAUGGUCGUGCCAACAUAUUUGAGUCUGGACAGCUCUUGACUUGCACUCUCGACAAGAUCUCCGGUUCAGGUUUUCAAUCGAAGAAAGAGUAUCUAUUUGGAAAAAUCGAUAUGAAGAUGAAACUUGUCGCUGGAAACUCAGCAGGAACAGUCACUGCUUACUACCUUUCCUCUAAAGGCGAGACAUGGGAUGAGAUCGAUUUCGAGUUCUUGGGGAAUGUUACUGGACAACCUUAUGUUCUCCAUACAAAUGUGUUCACAGGAGGUAAAGGUAACCGUGAGAUGCAGUUCUAUCUCUGGUUCGAUCCCACCGCGGAUUUCCACACUUACACCGUCCUUUGGAACCCUCUCAACAUCAUCUUUCUUGUGGACGGUAUCCCGAUCCGGGUGUUCAAGAACAAUGAGGCUCACGGUGUGGCUUACCCGAAGAGCCAGCCGAUGAAAAUAUACUCGAGUCUAUGGGAAGCUGAUGACUGGGCGACGCAAGGUGGUCGAGUCAAGACCGAUUGGUCUAAUGCUCCAUUCAGCGCUUACUACAGGAGUUUCAGUGACGUAGACUGCUGUAGCCGAACUUCAAUAUGGAACUGGGUUACGUGCAAUGCGAAUAGCAACUCGUGGAUGUGGACUACACUUAACUCCAAUCAGAUGGGACAGAUGAAGUGGGUGCAAGAUGAGUAUUUGAUCUAUAACUAUUGUACUGAUUACAAGAGGUUCCCUCUAGGUCUACCCACGGAAUGUAACCUCGCCUGAUGUGGUGUUACCAUGAAAAUUGAAGCACUUGAUGCAGUUUCUUUCUUUCUAAGUUGACCUCAUGCUUUUGUUAUUCUUUUGAAUUUCUAAGAUUUGUUCCCCUUGUUGGGUUAUUGAUUAUAUUCUUGGUCAUCUGUCAUAAUUGACUACGCUAUCGUAUUUCAUAUAUUAAAAUAUCAAUAAAAUUUGAUUCAUUCCUAGCCAGACCGAUCUGAAAUAGAGCAACUAAACAGAGAUUUUCUUUUGUCAUAACAGAGUGAAAAUAGAGAAUUCUGUCAGGAAAACAGAGCAAAACAGAACUCUGUGCACUGUUACACUGAGAACAAAAAAAAAUACCCAAAUUUCUCUCAUAUUUUAUUCACAUGGGCCUUGGAGUUUUAACACAUAAUCAAGCCCAUAAUUCAAAACUAAACCAGAAUUUUACCAUUAAAAAUAUUUAAAAAAACUCAAAAUUUUAUAAUAUUAUCUAAAAAUUAGUAACUUAAAUUUUUAAAAUUAGCAUUUUUAAUUUUUUUUUUGUAAAUAUGAGUUUGAUGUGUUUUUAACAUCAACAUUACAUAUGUAUAAAUUAAAAAUGUAAAAACCCAAAAAAUAUAAUAAAAAUUAUCUAAAGAUUUACUUGUAAUAAAAUUACUAAAAGUUAAAAAAUGUAAAAACAAGAAAAUAUAAUAAAAAUCUAAUAAUAAAUCUUUAGAUAAUUUUUAUUAUAUUUUCUGGGUUUUUACAUUUUUAAUUUAUACAUACAUAAUGUUGAUGUUAAAACACACAUGAAACUCAUAUAUUUACAAAAAAAAAUUAAAAAUGUUAAUUUUGAAAAUUUAAGUUACUAACUUUUAGAUAAUAUUAUAAAAUUUAGAUUUUUUUUAUUUUUUAGAUUUUAAAUGAUAAAAUCUCUCAACUAUGUUUACUUAAUGUAGAAACCCCUAAACCAAAGAUUUAUCGGUAGCAAUGGUAAUCAUGAUUUGUUAUGGUUUAAUUCAUUAAAUUUAGUUAGUUUGAUGGUUUUUUCGUUUGUUUGAGAGUUUUUAUCCAAAAUAAACUUAGUUUUUUUUUGCAAUAAAAAACAACAAACUUAGUUGAUGGGUUUGAACAUUAAAAUUUAUUUUUAAAAGGUGAAGGAUUAACCUCGGUCUUUUAUAUUUUAUCUAUUUUGUCAACUUUUACAUAUGUUUUUAUCUAUACACAGCUAUAUAUAUAUAUAUAUAUAUAGUUAAUGUAUGUAUUAUGUAACAUGCAUAUGAUAUGGCUUGUUUAACUGUAUGUGUCAUCAGUUCGAUUUUACAAGUCUCUAAGACCAUCAUUAACUCCAGUCUCUUAGCUGGGGUUCUGAGCUUCCAUUAAGAGACGGUUAUUAUAUUUUCUUAUAUUUUAACUAAGAAAAGUUAAGAACCGUCUUUUAAAUAAGUGAUAUAAGAGCCGUCUCUUAGCUGAAAAGUGUAAAAAAACAAAAAAAAACAAAAAAAUGUUCAUAAGUUAA